GAAAAAGGGAAGAGCAGCAGCGGAGAAAGUUAUUAGCCUGUGAAUGAAAGAGAGUUUCCUGACCACAGCUGCAGUGAAGGCGAAGGAGAAGACGGAGGCAUAUUUACAGGAAGACUGCAUCUUUCUCAAUCACCUCAACACUCUGCAGUGAGCAGGCGGUCAUUCAUCAGAUACUUGCAGCCUCUUAGCAGAUAUAAUCACUCCUGGGAACAUGAAGACCGGCAAGAAAUCCUUCAUAGCUUUCAUCAAGGAGAGAAAAAUGGGUCUGAACGACUUCAUCCAGAAGCUGGUGUCCACACCACAUAUCUGCCAACACGUCGAAGUGAACGCUCUGAUGAAGAUCGAUGAGAAUCAAAAUGAGGAAAAUAAUCAACUUCCUGAUAAUCCGAUGUGCCUAAGUUCACUGGCUGACGAAUCGCAGAUCAAACCCUGUGAUUUUGACUACCUGAAAAUAAUCGGUAAAGGCAGCUUUGGAAAGGUUCUGCUGGCUCGACACAAGGAAUCCACGAAUUACUAUGCUGUCAAAGUGCUGCAGAAGAAAAUCAUCCUGAAGAAGAAAGAGCAAAAGCACAUCAUGGCUGAGCGUAGUGUGCUGAUGAAGAACAUCAAACACCCGUUCCUGGUGGGACUGCACUACUCUUUCCAGACCACUGACAAACUCUACUUUGUGCUCGACUACGUUAAUGGUGGAGAGCUUUUCUACCACCUGCAGAGGGAGAGGAUCUUCCUGGAGCCCAGAGCCAGGUUUUACGCUGCUGAAAUUGCGAGUGCACUCGGCUACCUUCAUUCCCUGCACAUCGUUUACAGGGACCUGAAGCCAGAGAACAUCCUGUUAGACUCACAAGGCCACAUUGUCCUGACAGACUUUGGUCUCUGCAAGGAAGGUCUCGAGCCCAGUGGCACCACGACAACCUUCUGCGGGACUCCCGAGUACUUGGCCCCCGAGGUUCUGCAGAAGCAGGCGUACGACCGCACGGUGGACUGGUGGUGCCUGGGAUCCGUGCUCUACGAGAUGCUCUAUGGACUUCCUCCAUUUUACAGUCGCAACACAGCUGAGAUGUACAACAACAUCCUGCACAAGGCGCCGGUGCUCAAACCCAACGUGUCCAACGCAGGCAGAGAACUGCUGGAGGGUCUCCUGCAGAAGGACCGAACCAAGAGGCUGGGAGUGAGGGACGAUUUUCUUGAACUCAAGUACCACUCCUUCUUUUCCCCGAUCAACUGGGACGACCUGAUGGCCAAGAAGAUCACACCUCCGUUUAUUCCCUCAGUGAGUGGUCCCACAGACCUGCGACACUUUGACCCCGAGUUCACCCACCUGCCUGUGUCAUCAUCCCUGUGCAACGACUCCAUGACUGUGAGCAGCAGUGUCAAGGAAGCAGCUGGAGCCUUCCCGGGCUUCUCUUACGGGCCUCCGGCAGAACACUCCUUCAUGUGAGCGCCAUUAUCUUCUCCUGGAAACAAAACAGAGAGAGUGAGAGAAAUGGGACAAAAGCUCUGGACUAAUAGCCUUAUUUUGGGCAGAGGGACCACAGGGGGGCACUGCAACUAAAUUCUGAUGAAUGGAUUUAAGUGAUUAACGGACAGGAACCGGUGAGGAGCAAGUCUUGAGGGAUCUCUGUGUUUGACUGGACAGAUGUGGAUUCUCAUGUUACGACACCACCCCGAAAACACCAACAAUAUACGCGUACAUGUGUGCCAAGUACGGAUGCACCCUGGGGUCAAAACACAUCGCUCCCUGAUGACUGUGUACCUCACAGCCACUGGUGACGUGACAUGGAGGAGGAAGUGCCUGAGGUUCAAAAGGCAGUUUGGACAGUGACGGCAGCUUUGACCACAAAGAGCAAGGUUUAAAAAAAAAAAAAAGAAGAAAAAAAAAGUAGUUUGGACUUUUUUGAUGAGCUGUACAGGGUCACGCCUUCAUUACAUGCCCACAUAUGUUUAAAAAAAAUGCUGUCUUCAUGUUGACAAAUUUGUCUUGUUGUUUUCAUGUAAAUGCUCGAUUGCACUUGAGGAAACAAGGGUCACAAAAAAGUAGGACUAUUCCGUGUCUGUGGAUUCGUCUGAACGUUGAAUUUCAUAUCCCAACACAGUAAUAACGGCAUUUCAAUGGUGUAAACUAGUAAUAAUCAUACUGGGACCAAACACUUUAACUAGGAUUUACUUGUGUUUCUGACCUGUUUGUCCUCAUAAACUGAAGAUCAAAGUUUUACUGUACUGUGUCCAAGAGGAAAAAGUUACAUAUAUUUUAUUGCAAAUAUCCAUUUUCAAUGUUUUAAAAAAACACAAACAUUCACUAUUUACUUUUAAUACAAAUAUUUUACAUAUUAUAAAUGAAAUAUAAAUAUGAACAUAUAUAUAUAUAUAUAAAGUAGAUUAAAUGACAGCUUUAUUUUUUGGAUUUUCUAACUCUUGAUCAUCUGCAUCUAGUUGACUUGUGUUAAGGGCUGCAACGAUCAAUCGAUCACUAAAUCGGUCGUCAACCUUUUUGAUCAUGGAUUAAUCAGUUUGAGGUUAUUUUUUAUAAUCAUGAAAUCAAGUAUUCAGAUUAUUUAGCUUCUUAAAUGUGAACAUUUUCCGGGUUCUUUGCUCCAUUUAACAAAGAAAUCAUCAGAAUUGAGAACGUCGCCAUUUUGUGUUUAGUAAAAAAUGUAUGGACCAAACGACAAUUCGAUUAAUCACAAUAAAAAAGAUCGAUUGUUAAUUGACUAAAACGUUGCAGCCCUACUUAUGUUUCUGUAUAUCAGCUGUUGACAAACUUUACAACUUUAAUGUUAUUGUUGCCGAGGUUGUUCGCCCAGCAAUAACAGGCCGACGUCAAUGAAAGCACACGCUCUUUUAUCAAUUGUCGUCUUUAACGUGACUGAUUUCAGUGAUUGCUGUUUUUUUGCAAACACUCCAAACUAUAAAAAAUUGAUUAUAUUUUUGUUGUAUUUAUGCAUCAUGUAGAGAAGAACUGUGAAUGUCUUGUGCCUGUCCAAGGCGGCCUGAUCCAUGUCUACUGUAUGUACAUAUCUCUUGUUUUCCCCUAAAACUUCUGCUCCUUUUUAAUAGGAAAUCAUAUGUUUGUUUGCAGAACCACCACAGUAGGUGGAGCAGGCGCUGGUUCUCCAGUCGCAGUGCCGAGCCACUCGUGGUUCUGGAAGUGCAAUAAAAUCUCUUUGAUUAAAAAAAUAAUAAUAAUAAGAUUAAUUAUUAUAAUUUCUUGUCUUUAAGGCAAACGCGUAAGAUGUCAUUUAUGCUUUGACAUUCAUUAAGUUAUUACAUGAUCGGCUUUUGCAUACAGGGGGCUGAGGUUUUAAAGCCCACUGACGAUAAUUACAGAAUAAAACAGAACACAGUUAAGGCAAACGCACAGCUCUAGACAUAUUUUUCUUCCAUAUUUGGAAGCGUAAACUUUUCAGUUUUUUACUUUUAUUAUUUUUUUUUGACGUGUAUUUAUUUUCAUGCCACUGCUACCGUGUAAAGACUUUUAUUUACAUGAUCGACAGAAAAAUUUAAAUGUAAUCUGUGUCAGAAAUGGCAAAUAAAAUCUCUAAAUUCAA